AUGGCGGACUUCAAACCCUACAGCGAGCAGCCCGAGCUCCAUACCAAAGCCCCUUACCGCGCUGCUAUGCUCACACAACCUGCAAAUCUCAAGCAAGCGCUCAAAGACGCUCAAGCUGAUGCGAGUAAGAGUCUCAUGGGCAUCGCACAAGGCAUCCCAAGUACCUUUAUGACCAAGUUGAUCGCAUCCACGAAGCCAGAUUUCAUCUGGUUCGAUGUGGAGCAUGGCAUGUACAACCGGUUGACAUUACACGAUUGCAUCCACGCCGCACAGCAUCACUCAGAGGGAAAAUCAAUGGUCAUCUGCCGUGUACCAAAACAUGACGAAAUCAGCCUCACAACAGCACUUGAUGCAGGUUGUGCCGGAAUCGUCAUCCCGCAUGUUGAGACCGCCCAAGAAGUCAAGGACUUCAUGAAAGAGAUGUACUUUGGCGGCGGCAAAGGCCACCGUUCAUUCAGUCCCUGGACCUUCACUCCUGGAAUGACCCAGUCUCUCUACCCCAACGAUGCCUACCAGGUGCAGACAGCGAACAAUCACGUCUGUAUCAUCCCGCAGAUCGAAUCGGUCAAGGGUGUUGAGAACUGCGAGGAGAUUGCUGCAGUAGAAGGCAUCUCUGGUCUCAUGUUCGGCCCUGGAGAUUACAUGAUUGAGGCUGGUAUGGAUAUCGAUGGAUUCUUGAAGGGAAACCCUGAUCCCAAGUUCUUCGAGGCGAUGGGCAAGUUCAAUGCUGCGGCCGCCAAGCAUGAUUUACCUAUCUUUGGUGGUGUGAUGGGGGUAGACCAGAUACCAAUGGCCAUUCAGUCAGGUAUGCGAGCAAUUGCUGUGCAGUUCGAUGUCUGGGGCACUACACGACUCUUUGCAAAUUCUUUGGAAGAGGGCUGGAAACAUGCAAAGAGCUUCGAGGGAAACCCGAAACCGAGUAUGGCGGACGGACAGGCGAAGACGCCUUGA